CUAUAAUUUACCCCUAAUGCCGUGUUGAUCAAAAUGGCCGCCCCCAUGAUGAAAACAUGGUCCUCAUGAAAUACUUGUCCUAAAGGGAACAGAUGAAAAACACAUGACUGGACAUGCGACAAUUUGGCAGAUACAAGGCUAGCCACAAGGCAACUUUGGGUCUGUGUAUGGCAUCAUCUAAACACUGACAUAGUCAACAAUGCCUGUAGACUACAGACAGAAAGUUAUCCUGGCCCCCAUGGUGAGGGUGUGCACCAUCCCCAUGAGACUGCUUGCUCUGGAGUAUGGCGCCGAUCUUGUAUACUGUGAGGAAAUUAUAGACUUCAAGAUUUUGUCAGCCGAACGCAAAGUAAACGGUGAGUGCAUUAUCUCUCUACUCUUAGAGAAGUGUUUAGGAAUCAAACCAAUAAAUAUUUUUCAGUUGGGAACAUCAGAUGCAAAGAGGGCUCUGAUGGCAGCCAAGAAAGUGGAGAAUGAUGUAUCUGCUCUGGAUAUCAACAUGGGCUGCCCCAAGGAGUUUUCCAUCAAGGGAGGAAUGGGGGCUGCACUUUUGUCAAAUCCAGAGAAGAUCAAAGAGAUACUGACCACCCUUGUGUCUGGCCUGUCCAUACCUGUCACUUGCAAGAUCAGAAUUCUACCCAAGCUAGAGGACACACUGAAGCUGGUGAAGGUCAUUGAGAGUACAGGAGUGGCAGCCAUUGCUGUCCAUGGGCGCACCAAGUAUGAGAGGUCACGUCACCACAACCGCAACGAUGUGAUCAGAGCCAUUGCAGAGCAUGUGUCAAUACCAGUGAUUGCAAAUGGUGGUUCUCGAGAUAUAAAGACUCUUGAAGAGAUCAAGGAAUUCUGGAAAGAAGCCGGCACCUCGUCGGUGAUGAUAGCACGAGCGGCUGAAUGGAACGUGUCUGUGUUUAGACCUGACGGCCCUCUCCCUCUGCAUGAGGUCAUCAAGAAGUACCUCAGAUUUGCUGCAGAGUAUGACAACAACGCCAUCAACACGAAGUACUGUGUUCUACAGAUCAUGCAUGAGACAAUGAAGGAGCCGGAGGGACAGGCCAUGCUGGGUAUCACCACGAUGGAGGAGAUAUAUGACAUCUGGGACAUGAAGGAGUUUUAUUCUGAUGUUCUGAAGAAGAGGAAAGCACGAGAGGAAAAGUUGAAAAGAGAUAGAGGAGAAAAUGACCAUUGUAUAAAACGCAGAAAGACAGACGAUGGCAGUGUGUUGUAUGAAUUCCCAGUCCGAUUUGUUAAAAAGGACUAUCCAGUUGCUGUCACCCCCAAACAGCGCCUGUAUGAAUGGUGUAAGAGGAACAGGGUGGAUCUUCCCAAGUACAAUACUGUGGACCGAGUGGCAGACAGAUGCUUCAACAGUAUUGUGACAGUGCAGGGAGUGAAAUACACAACCCCUUUCUGGGAGAAGUCCAAGCCGCUAGCUGAACAAGGAGCUGCCAUUGCAUGUAUGAUAACCUUGGGGGAAGACGAUGGGCGCCUGGAGGAGGCAAAGCAUGAAAAGGAGGCCAUGCAUAGGAAAUGGGCACAGUUCAACAGUCAAACUAACAAUGAUGAUUCAAAUACGAAAAGGAAGACCAACAGUGAUCUAACAUCUGAAGAAAUAGGUGUAGGAACAACUGAAAAGGGAGACUUUGAGAAAUCAGAUUCACCUGAAAUAGUCUCAACAAAGACAUCAGAAAAGAGUUAACAUCGGCUUUGUUUUGCAUAUACAUGCAAUUCAUACAUAAUAGUAUUCUUUUGUCAUUCUGUCAGCUGAAAGGCAAACCUUGUGAACGUGUAUCUUGAUGUAACAUAUUGCGAAGUCCCUCUCCCUUCAAUCCCAUUUCAGCUAUCAGAGUGACCUCUCCUUGAACAUCUUUUAGACUUCUCAGUUACUUCCACCCGUAAUCACCAUGACUACCUGACCACCUUGGUAACUGGCAAGUCUUAUUGCUUCAGAGCUUGGACACCCUCUACAUCUGCUUGAUUGCCUUGGAGAGCUUCUCCACAAUGAAAGGUGUCGGUACCGUCUAAUUCCUGGGUGUCUUCUAGGUGUUUGUUGUCAAGCAACACUUUAAAUAUUGUUGUCCAACAUUUGACACCUCAGUGUGAGUUACCAUGUACACCUUUUUACACUGAUAGUUCCGUCUCCUAAUGUGCUCAGUCACUGUUUGUGAAAGUUUAGGUUGGCAAAGAACUGGGCCCCUAACACCAAGACUGAAGUCACUGCUUGUAAAACACCAGCCUGAAGUCUCAGAGAACGUGAUCAAUGUUCAUGCUGUUGAUCACUGGAUUGUCUGGACCAGACUUGAUUAUUUACAGACCGCUGCCACAUAGCUGGAAUAUUGCUCUCACUCACUCACUCACUCACUCACUCUCAGAGAACACCACUAUUUUCAGUUUCAGACAAGCAUCUUACAUGCAGGAGUGGACCUACCUUUGGUUCAGUAUCCAAGUAACAGUGUCUGUCUUCAAUCAAGGAAUGCUUUGAGGUGACAGAUGGUUCGUUUUCUAAUUAUAACCUACCGGUAUGGGAUUUAUCAGUAGGAGAUCUGAGAAACAUUCACUAGUUGACACAGCAGUUGAUUGUAACUGAGCAAGAAUCAAACUGAAAGGUUAUCAGAUAUUUAGCCUUGAUGUGGUAUCACAGUCAAAAGUAGCUGUUCAAGGGGAGGUUACUCUCAUAUCUGUGAAUAGCAACCCCUGGCAGAGAGGCACAUUUUAGGUUCAGUGUAAUGGCAUUGGGAAUUUGCGUCAUGUUGUGUCAGGAUAAGUUUAUGCAUAAUGUAAAUAAACUCAUGUAUAUUUAUUUUAUCACCAAAUUGUAGCGUGAUAAUUGUAUUGUGGGUUAAUUACCGGUAGUCAUUUCAAUUUUAUACACUGGACAUCACCAUCCAUUAUAUCUAAUUUUAUUCACAAAUAUGAAUUCAAGUUUUAUGUUCAGGCUGUUUAUGGUUUGGACGUUGUGCGUUUUAUACAAUGUUUUAUGUAUCUGUCCAUUGUUUUAGGUGUUAUGGUGUAGAUGUUUCAUCCAUAAAUGUACAAAUGCUCAUUGUCUUCAAAUAUGAUGGCAUGUGUUCCAAAUACAUGUUUCUUUCAUGACCUUCCAAAAUGCAAAGUGUUUGGGUUUGUUGUUUUCAUGUAAAUCACAAAUCAUGACAUUUGACCCACAUCAAUAACUAUCAAGUGUCUUGUGUGACCAGUUUAUUUAUGUGUGACCUCAUACGGAAUACAUGGUGUUGUUUAGAGAACUUACCUCUGAUUCUUAUGGGAAAACCCAACAGCAACCAAGCUGGAGAUUUUAAACAAGAGUUCCCAAACACAGUUUAUUGAACAGGGAGAGAAUUCAUUGAGUGAACAUUAGAGGUAUGUACCUGAUUUCAUACAUCAUCAUGUUUUUAGGAGCGAUUGCGACAUCCAAAUCAUGAACCAUGGCGGGUAUUUUUUAGUACUGUGGUUGUCUUUAUUUUCUAAAAACAAAGUUUCCGAAACAAGGAAGGAGAGAAAUGAAGCCCAGAAAGCAGACAUUUCAUUGGCUCAAGAACACAAACAUCCAAUAUUUUGAUUGGUCCGUAGACUUUUCCACAGGGUUCACUUGAUAUGGCCUUCUGUGGAUUGUUUUCAGAUCUUCAUACCAAGAGGUAUCUUACCAAAGUGAUAUCUGUUUUUAAUGGGAUUGCUCUGCCUGGACCAAGAAGCUAUUUAAUGUGGUUUACUGCUGAUAUUAAUGACCCAUAUUUCCAGGUUGUCUUUAAAUGUUUCUUUACAUCAUACAUGUGUAUAUUCUGUCAUUAAUGUCGCCGUCUGCAAGAAUGGGAAUGGUCUUCACAUUUACUGAUUCUGAAUGUAAAGAAUCAGAAAUAUUUGAAGAGCAUGUGCAAAGGUUUCAUUUGAUACAAGUGCAUGUUGGCAGGAGGAAACAUAAUGUACAGUGGGUAAGUGAGUGAGUUUAGUUUUACCCUGCUUUUAGCAAUAUUCCAGCAAUAUCACGGCAGGGGACACCAGAAAAGGAGUUUCUGGUGCUCAUAUGGGGAAUCGAACCCGCGCCUUCGGAGUGACAAGCAAACAUUUAAACCACUUGGCUAUCCCGCCACCCCCAUAAUGUACAGAGAAAACCAUGUUUGGGGAAAUAUCUUCAUACAACCUUGAUGUCAAACAUGCCUCUUACACCAGAUGAAAAGGAAAAGCUAUGAGAACAAUGUAUGUUUCUCAAGAAUAUGUACAAAGGGAUAUUAUUUAUGUUCAUGAUUUGUUAUUCAGGGUUUUACUGUUUAUCAUCAUGGGAAAUGUAUUUUAGAUUCCUUCUUCCAACAACAAAUAAAAUGUCAUGGUAACAGA